AUGCUCUCUGGCUUCCGGUACCUUCAUGCGUUUCAAGUUCUAGGAGCCUGUGAUGAUGUCGCCCAGACCGCCCUGCUGUGGGGGCUCGAGGGUCAGUCCGCCACGAUGGACUGCAGUCACACUAAGGGGGCUACUUUUGAUCAGAUGACCUGGUACAGACAGCUGCCAGGGGAGGGAAUGAGGCAGGUCGUUCACAAGACUCAGAGUCCGCCACACUUAUAUGGAAGUGGCUUCAGCGGGGAAGAGUUUCCUGUGAAAAGGAGCGACGCUCAGUCCGGAUCUCUGAGGGUGGAGAAGCUGCUGCCGGAGGACAGCGGGGUGUACUUUUCAGUUUUCAAUUUAAUUCAGUUUAUUUCCUAUUUCGGCCAGGGAACGAAACUGACGGUUCUAGAACCUGGACAUGACGUCAGCGGGCCGACAGUCAAAGUGCUUCGCCCUUCACCAAAGGAGUGUCAAAGCCACGGAGACCAGAAGAAGAAGAAGACCAUCGUGUGUGUGGCCAGUGGGUUCUACCCAGACCACGUCGGCGUGCUCUGGAAGGUCGACGGGGUGGAGGUCACCACCGGGGUGGCGACCGACAGCGCCGCUCUCCGGCACGGCAAGUCUUACAGGAUCAGCAGCAGGCUGAGGGUCUCUGCCAACGACUGGUUCACAGACCAAGAGUUCACCUGCAGCGUCCGCUUCUUCAACGGGACGCAGACUCUACUCACACUCCAUCCUGGGGAAAGACCAGAGGUAAGUAUCGUUUUGCACCUGAAUGCAUCAUCGCUGCUAUUUAAUGUCCUGGAUGUUUCCUCUUUGAGUCGUGUCACUAAACUCUCUGCAGAGAAAUAUCUGAGGAUCGCAUGAGCCAAACUGUCCUACGGGGUUCUCAUCGUCAAGAGCGGCGUCUACGGAGCCUUUGUGGCGUUUCUGGUGUGGAGGCUUCAGAGUUCAGCCGGGAAGCAGAGCGACUGAGAGCUGAGGCCUGGACAGAAGUUCAUCGAGUAGAUCGUUGUGUGUUGCACUCAAAUAAACUAGAGGAGCAGUUGUGUCUCUGUUUUUAAAACUGCCAUGCAAAUACUUUGGCCUCACAUUUCUUUUCUAUAAAGGAGGAACGUCGUGGAACGCAUGUUUGCUUAUUUUCCGUCUAAAUAAAAGUGUUUCAGAGGA